AUGCUGACAAUUAUAUUUUCUUUCUUUUUUGCUUGUUCUGGAUUUCGCCCGAAUCUUUACAACACAACUUGCCAGGAUGAAGAUCUAGCGCUGAAAUGUGACUCAUUCUGCUAUACCGACUUCUUGACUUGCAAAGAUGACUGCGAGGACUCAAGCUGUGAGCGUAAUUGUCUUGCCGAUUAUACUGAAUGUUACGAGCAAUGUCCAUGUUUCCGAAAAUGUCCAAAUGGAUGCGAUGAUUGUCCGAACUCAAUCUGUUCGUGUAAAAAUCCUGAGCUAAAUAAUCCAUUUUAUCAACAGUGCAUCAAUGAAGCUAUGUACAACGCUAAGCACUGUGUCAAGAACUGCACAGCAUCUCCAUCAUGCUACAACAAAUGCUUCAAUUCGUUUGAUCUUGAAUCCGAAAUGUGCCCAUGCAAUAGUCGAUGUCCAAGAGGAUGCCCAUGUGAUGAUGGUUACAAUUGCCAGGGUUUUUACAUGUUGCUUUCUCAGUAUAGCACUAAAAACACAUACAUUCUUUCUGCAGAUGGACACUUUAAGGAAAAUCGUUAUUUCUCGACACCUCAUGCGAAUUUUUUAAAUUAUGCUGGCCAUGCUAUUCUCAAUGGCGAAGUUUUUCUUUUUGGAGGUUCACAGAACAGAUAUAAGAUAGGAAAAAUAAGUGGCUGCGAGCUAAUCGAUACAGGAAAACGCCUUAUCAACAGCUUCGGAACUGAUUAUGGGGCAACCGUCACGAUUCCUGAGGUCAAAGAUGAGGUCGUUAUCUGUGCAGGGGCCUCAAGCGCGGACAAAUGCGAGGGAUUUGAUGGGGAAACAUCUUUCUCUUUGAGCAACUUAAUGGUGAAGCACGAAUUCGCAUGCAUGGCAACGUAUCAGACACAAGCUGUUAUUGUAGCUGGAGGAAAUACGAACACGGUUGAACUUCUCGCUGUCACUGGCUGGCAAAAUGAGCCGGUUUUCCCGGGCGGUACGGUCAAAAGAUUGAGCUGCGUGUCUGUCGGAGAUGGUCUUAUAACAACUGGAGGAUAUACUGAGGAAACCAGCUCACAUUUAAAAAACGUUUAUCUCUUUCGAGAUGAGCGGUGGACUGUUGCUGGGCAACUCCAAAACAAUUUUAAUUAUCAUUCGAUGCUUUUUCAUGAAAAUUACUUCAUCGCUUUCGGUGGUAACGAUUUUUAUGCUGUCGAGCGUGCUGAAUGGAAUGGUGAAGCUGUUGUUUCGUCUGAAACAUUUUUUACUCACGAAGGAAGUCAGCAUCGGCCGAUCAUUUUUGAGACGACUCCAGACACAUGCAAAGAGUUUUGCAGCGAAGACUAUUGUUAUAUUAUGUAA